AUGAGCAAACGCAUGGCAAGCCAGCCCUCUCUGAAGCUGUACUACUUCAACAUCACCGGCAAGGGCGAGGCCAUCCGUCUCUUCUGCGCCUACGCGGGCCUCGAGCUUGAGGACUACAGAUUCGCCGACCGCGAGGAGUUUACGGCGCUCAAGGCCGACGGCACGCUGCCCUACGGCCAGGUCCCGCUGCUGGAAGUGGACAAAACCACACGGAUCCCGCAGUCUGCCGCGAUCCUCCGCUACCUCGCCAAGAUUGCCGGCGGCGACUUGUACCCUUCAGACCCGAUCCAGGCCGCCCGGGUGGACGCGGCGCUGGAUCAGGAGGCGGACGCCUUCGUGGGCCCGACGGUGGCCUCCUACACCGUGCGCUUCGGCAUCGAGCUGAGCGACAGCCAGGUGGAUAAGGCAGCGGCGCUCCUGAGCGCAGAGGUGAUGCCGCGGCACUUCGCGAGCAUCGAGGCCCAGCUGAAGGCGAGCUCCAGCGGCUGGAUCGCCGACACCAAAUGCCCCUCGCCCGCGGAUUUUGUAUGGGCCUGCCGCUUCGGGGACUACCUCCCCACGAAGGACCGGCUCUUCACCCCGGAGCUGCGCGACCUCGAGGCCUUCCCAGCCUGCCGCGCCUUCGUGAAGAGGUUCUACGAGCUGCCGCAGGUCGCCGAGUACUACAAGCGGAAGGAAGGCUGA